GAUACACAUAGCUUAAUAUAGUAGUACCCGUUAAGAAUAAUAUUCAGAUCUCUGAUGUGAAAAUGUUCAAAACAUUCAUUUUGGUUUCGUUAUUUCUCCAUGUCUUCGCUUAUAAUUCUUCUGGAAGAAACUAUACAAAUUCGGCCUUGAAGAUAGGAGUGAGGGUGGUUACAAAGGAUGGUAAUUGCAAUGGUAGCCAACCAAAUUCCAAUAUAUCUUUUCCAAACAGUGGGCAAAUAUCUGCAGGGAAACAGUCGGACUCUCCCAAGAAGAUAAAAUUUUCUGGCAUUCCUUUAGUUGAUCUUGGCGGCCAUUUUUACUAUUUUGAAACAUACUUUAAGGCUAAUUUCUUCAAAGCAAUGCAAUUCUGCAGAGAUCGUGGAAUGAACCUACUGAGUAUUGAAUCUGAAGAUGAAAAUAAAAGAAUUUCAGAAUAUCUUUUAAAACAUGCAAAUGGAAUUGAGGAAUUCUGGACAUCUGGAACAGAUUUAGGAGAAGAAGGGAAAUUUGUGUGGUUAUCCACUGGAAAAUAUUUUACUUUCACCUACUGGAGUUAUCCUCAACCAGAUAAUGCCGGAAAGCUAGGAGAAGAUUGUGUGGAAAUUUGGAAGCUACCAGAUAGAUGGGCUUGGAAUGACAAUAAGUGUACAAUCGAAUUUCAUUUUAUUUGUGAGAUGAAAGAAUGUACUGACUUCUGCUCAUAAUAAAUCAUGAAUUCGAA